AUCCUGACUCAGCAUAAAACACAGAAAUAUAAAGAAGAAAUUCUCUCCCAGGAACCAAUAACACAAAAAUGCCAGCCUCGGAUUCCUCCGUGCUUCGCCUCGUGGCCAGUGCCUUCGCCGCCAUCCCCAUCGGAUUCGGAAUCAAUGCCUUUAUACGUCCCGAUCAUGCGUUGAGCUUCUUCGAGUUCGAGGUACCGACUUCACCGGCGGAGAGGGAUUUGGUGAACAGCCUGAUGGUGGUCUACGGCGCGAGAGAUGUUUUCAUGGGCGUGGCCUUGUUCUCCGCUCUUUUUUUCGGCCACCCAAAGUCUGUCGGCUGGAUCAUGAUUGCGACCAGCGCGGUAGCAUAUGUCGACGGGUUUGUCUGUUGGACACAUGGGAGGGGGGAGUGGAAUCAUUGGGGGUACGCGCCUGUUUUGACGGUGAUAGGGACGCUAUUUUUGGGUCUUUUCGAUAGGAGGUAGAUGCUGAUAAUACCGGUAUGGAGGGAAUUUCAAUCGACCUGAGAUAAAAUAUGACUGUGAUAUCUAACAUUCGUUGAACUAGCGAACAUCUCCCCUCACACCGUUUCAGC